AUGAAGGCCAUCGCAUUUCUUCUGGGGUUUGUCGCUUCGGUCGCUGCUCACGGAUAUGUUGAUAAUGGAACCAUUGGUGGGACCAACUACCAGCCUCAAAGGAUCUCGCGCGCCAUCCCAGGCAACGGCCCCGUGACCGAUGUCACGCUCAUUGAUAUUCAGUGUAACGGAUAUACCGAGGGCGGUGUUGUCGGCAGCAAGCCUGCUCCCCUACAUGCAACAGCCGCUGCUGGAUCAACAUCCACGCUCUACUGGACAAUAUGGCCGGAGUCACACGUCGGACCAGUGAUCACGUACAUGGCGCGGUGCCCUGACGCAGGUUGCCAGAACUAUCAGCCAGGCACGAGUGCUGUCUGGUUCAAGAUCGCUGAGGGGGGCCGUACUGGAACCUCAAACACCUGGGCUGAUUCUUCCUUGAUGGUUGCUGGCAAUGCUGGAGUCAAGUACACCAUCCCCUCCUGCCUGAAGGCAGGUUACUACCUCGUACGCCACGAGAUCAUUGCCUUGCACUCGUCAGGUACCUAUCCAGGCGCACAAUUUUACCCAGGGUGUCAUCAGCUGCAGGUCACCGGCGGUGGAUCGACAACUCCCGGUAACCUUGUUGCCAUACCCGGUGCCUACAAGGGCAGUGAUGCGGGCAUCACAUACGACGCUUAUAAGGCGCAAGCCUACACAAUCCCCGGCCCGGCUGUUUUCAAGUGUUGA